GCAGGAGCAGUGCUCCACAGUUCUUGGCUGACUUCACAUCAGCACUGCAAGAGAGGAACGAGACAGCAGCAGCGGUGACACACGAGGAAUCCGACGCCGAAACAAGCUCUUCACAAAACAAAAAGCAUUUCAAGUCUAAUCUUUUGAUGAGAAGGACUCUUGAAGUCAUGAUUGCUUCACAGUUUCUCUCUGCUCUCACUCUUGUGCUUCUGAUUAAGGAGAGCGGCGCCUGGUCUUACAGUGCCUCCACAACAAACAUGACUUUUGACGAGGCCAGUGCUUAUUGUCAGCAAAGGUACACGCACCUGGUUGCGAUUCAAAACCAGGAAGAAAUUAAAUACCUCAACUCCAUAUUCAACCAUUCACCAAGUUACUACUGGAUUGGAAUCAGAAAGGUCAACGAUAAGUGGGUCUGGAUAGGGACCCAGAAGCCUCUGACUGAAGAAGCCAAGAACUGGGCUCCAGGUGAACCGAACAAUAAGCAAAAUGAGGACUGUGUGGAGAUCUACAUCAAGAGAUACAAGGAUGCGGGCAAGUGGAAUGAUGAGAAUUGCAAUAAAAAGAAGCUUGCCUUGUGCUACACAGCUGCCUGUACCCAUACAUCCUGCAGUGGCCACGGUGAAUGUGUGGAGACCAUCAACAACUACACUUGCCAGUGCCACCCUGGCUUUACUGGACUCAGGUGUGAGCAAGUUGUGACCUGUCAAGCACAGGAAGCUCCUGAGCACGGACGCCUUGUUUGCACCCACCCUUUGGGGAACUUCAGCUACAAUUCUUCCUGCUCGGUCAGCUGUGAAGAGGGCUACCUCCCAAGCAGAACAGAGGCCAUGCAGUGCACUUCCUCCGGAGAGUGGAGCGCUCCUCCUCCAGCCUGCCAUGUGGUUGAGUGUGAUGCUUUGACGAAUCCUGCCAAUGGAGUUAUGCAAUGUUCCCAAAGCCCUGGAAGCUUCCCAUGGAACACAACCUGCACAUUUGACUGUCAGGAAGGGUUUGAACUAACGGGACCCCAGCACCUCCAGUGUACCUCAUCUGGGAAUUGGGACAACGAGAAGCCGACGUGUAAAGCUGUGACAUGUGGUGCCGUCGGCCAUCCUCAGAAUGGCUUUGUGAACUGUAGCCACUCCUCUGCUGGAGAGUUCACCUUCAACUCAUCUUGCAACUUCACCUGUGAGGAAGGCUUCGUGCUGCAGGGGCCAGCCCAGGUUGAAUGCACUGCACAAGGGCAAUGGACACAGCAGGUUCCGGUUUGUAAAGCUUUACAGUGCAAAGCCCUGUCCAGACCAGAGAGAGGCUACAUGAGUUGUCGUCCUAGCACUUCCGGAAGUUUCCAAAGUGGGUCCAGCUGUGAAUUCUCCUGUGAGCAAGGAUUUGUGUUGAAGGGAUCCAAAAAGCUCCGGUGUGGCCCCACAGGGGAGUGGGACAGUGAGAAGCCCACAUGUGAAGCUGUGAGAUGUGAUGCUGUCCGUCAGCCCCAGGGUGGUUUGGUGAGGUGUACCCAUUCUGCUGCGGGAGAGUUCACCUACAAGUCCUCCUGUGCCUUCAGCUGUGAGGAAGGCUUUGAAUUACGUGGGUCAGCUCAAUUGGAGUGCACAUUGCAGGGACAAUGGACACAGGAGGUCCCGUCCUGCCAAGUGGUACAAUGUGCAAGCCUGGCAGUUCCCGGAAAGGUCAGCAUGAGCUGCAGUGGGGAGCCUGUGUUUGGUGCUGUGUGUACAUUUGCAUGUCCUGAAGGAUGGACGCUCAAUGGCUCUGCAGCUCUGACAUGUGGUGCCACAGGACACUGGUCUGGGAUGCUGCCUACCUGUGAAGCUACCGCCAAAUCCAACAUUCCCUUGACAGUUGGACUCUCUGCUGCUGGAACCUCCCUCUUGACAUUAGCAUCAUUUCUCUUCUGGCUUCUGAAACGACUUCGGAGGAAAGCAAAGAAAUUUGUUCCUGCCAGCAGCUACCAAAGCCUUCAGUCUGAUGGAUCCUACCAAAUGCCUUCUGAGUCAGCAUAAGUCCCAAGGAAUCAGUUGCAGGAACACAGUGCCUUCCGGGAACUAGAGCGAUACCCUGAAGACAGCAGAGACGGGUCUCUGGCCCUUCUCACCUUCUGCACCUGCCACCCUCACAGCUGGGAAGGCAGCACCCAUGAGGACUUCAACAGACCAAAAUCCAGUGGGCAAGGCCAGCUUGCCACCAAAAAGACUCAGUUUUCUCUUUCAUAGUCUCAGGAUCUGGAAAGUGCUGGCCACUGGAGGGAAAGGAUAUUCUCUUCUAAGCAAAACUGAAGAGACCAAGGCUCUGGAAUCUCAGAAUUCCUUUUCUAAUUCUCCCUUGCUCACUGUGAAAUCUCGGUGGAGAAACACAAGAUGCUGUGGCAUUGUUUCUUUCUUUUGUCCCUCACAGUGUUUCAACUGCUGAUUACAUUGUUGCUGUCAUGGGGAUGAAUAAUAACUGUCAAGAGUUUAGAGGAAACAAAUUGGCCAAAGAUAUUCUAUUACUGACUUGGAAAAAACACAAUUUUUUCAUACUUACAGGUGACUCAUGAGAAAGGUUGUUAAUGGUGCAAAUCCUACUGAAUACUCUGCGAGGAUUGCUAAGCAGUCUUAAUCACUUUUAUCCCUGUGGGAUUCAGUACUUUUUAAAGUGUUCUUAGAGAUUGUGUUCUUUUUACUUGCAUUGAAAAUAAUAUGAAUUCUAUAAUUCUUAAUUCAGUACAAGUGUGGUAAGGACUUUAAAAUAUGUAAAUGUUAGGACUAUGUUAGGGUAAAAGUUACUUAUCCUAGAUCUUUGUUUAUUAACAAAUUCUCAAGUUACAUCUGUAGUAAAUUUAUUUCAAGAAAAGGCAAAUACUGUCCCCUAGCAAUGUACAAUGUUAACCAGUGUAAAGUUCUAAAUGUUUUAUGGUCGAUUUAAAAACAUGAGUAGUAUCAGGAGAGUAAAACCUGAAUGGCACACACUUGCACACUGUCAGGGAUUUUUUUCAGAAAUAAGUGGUUUCCAUGAUGAAAAACUUCCAUGAGGCCAAAUGUUCUGAUUUGAUAAAAGCAUAAGUGCAAACAAAUGAGGGUACAAUUUUGCGAAUGUCUUUGUUGAAAAAAAUGUAGAUGUGCUUUGCCUUCCUACCAAGAUUCUGUUAGGCGUGGUGUGUCAGUGUUUAAUUCUUGUAUAUUACCUAAGAUUUAAAUCCAUGAUAGAAACUCACUGUGUAAAGGAUUUUUCCAGAGGAUUUUUAAAACGUGAAGCUGUCUAAUAAUUAUUCCCUAAUUACUUCAUUCUGUUUGUUAGGGUGUUCUUGAAGAGAGGAAUGCUCGUAUGAGCAAGUAUUCAUAUUUAUUUAUAAGGAAGUUUAAAAUUCCUAGGAAAUCUCUUGUUAUCAGUUGGUCAUUGGCAAUGAGAAGUUCUUGAUCAGGAAUUGUCAAAGCUGCUUCAGCCUUGCAGGAUGACGUGAGAAUCAAAUCUCUCCCACACUGCCAUUAACUUAGCACGUGUUGAAAAAGCAAAGUUUCAGAGAAGUGCUGGCUACAUAUUGGCAAAGGCAAAGACAAAAAUAAGCCGGGAGGUUUGAUAAGGAUCACAACAGCAGAGGUUUUUUUUUCUUCUUCUUCUAAGAUUGGCGCCUGAGCUAACAAAUGUUGCCAAUUUUUUUUUCUCCCCAUAAU